AUGGCUGAAUUGUUUGUUCCAAAGAUAAUACAUGAAUUGGGUGAUGUUGUCGUGAACCAGCUCGGGGAGAAGAUUAACCUGGUGAUGGGGGUUGAAGAGGAGGUGGCAAAUAUCAAAAGAAAGUUAGAAACGAUUCAAAAUGUGCUGCAUGAUGCAGAGAGACGAAGGCAGAGCGAGAAACCGGUCGCAAAGUGGCUAGAAGAGCUUGAAGACAUAACAUAUGAGAUGGAUGAUGUCCUGGACGAAUGGAACAUCAAGAUUCAGAAACCAAAAUAUGAGGGAACUCAUCAGAAGCAGCCUACAUUGCGGAACAAGCGAAUUAUGACUACCUCAAUCAUAGAUGAAUCAGGGAUCUAUGGUCGAGAAUCUGAUAAGGAUGCUUUACUUGACCAAGUAUUGUCUGAGACUAGUAGUAGUCAAGGAAGAGAUGGAGUUCAAAUUAUUUCUGUAGUAGGGGCCGGGGAUCCUUUCGACCAAAAAAGGAUCGCAAAAGCUAUCCUUGAGAAUGCCGGAAGAGGUUCUCAUUUCAUGUUAGAGUUGGAUUCGUUGAUCCGACUUAUAAAAGAAACUUUUUUUGGUAAGAGAUUCCUGCUUGUCCUAGAUGAUGUCUGGACAGAGGAUGACUCAAAGUGGAAACAUUUCCAAGACUCUCUCAAGGAUGGGGCUUCCGGAAGUGUAAUAUUGGUGACAACAAGGAGUCAUAGAGUGGCCACAAUGGUGGGAACAACUCAUACUCACCAAAUGACCCGAAUGUCUGACUCUGAUUGUUGGCUAAUAAUGCAAAGGAUAGCAUUUGCUAGAAAAUCAGGGGACUUAUGCAAGAAAGUGGAAAGAAUUGGGUUAAAAAUUGCAGAAAAAAGCAAAGGGUUGCCACUUGCUGCAAAGACUAUGGGAAGCUUGUUACGGUUCAAAGAUACCAUACAACAAUGGCAGAAUAUUUUGGACAGUGAGAUAUGGCAAUUGAAUGAAGCAGCUGUGAGACUUUUUCCUCAUUUGUACUUAAGUUACAAUGAAUUACCCCCAGAGCUGAAACGUUGCUUCUCAUAUUGUGCUGCCUUUCCCAAAGAUUUUGAGAUAAAUGUAGAAAAGCUUAUUAGGUUGUGGAUUGCACAAGGUUAUGUUCGUCCAAAUCGAAGAGGUGAGCGCUUGGAGCUGGUGGGCCUUGAGUACUUCAACAAUUUGGCAAUGUGUUCCUUUUUUCAAGAAUUACAAGAAGUUGAGGGUUACUAUGGGUUUCAUGAAUAUAUGAAGUGCAAGAUGCAUGACAUAUUCAACGCCAGGAGCAACUCUGAUGAUUUGGCAAUUCUGAAGUACCUGAACCAACUGGAAAAAUUGCGCGUUGAUAUUUAUGGAGAAAUCAAGAUACGGGCUCUGUCAAAGCAACAGGGUCUGUGGAGUCUGCUGACGAAGAAGAAAUCGGAUUCCGUUGAUGAAGAGUCAAUGAGUUUGGAGGAAAAGGCUCACUCGACAAUCAUGCUGUUCCUGACAGAUGAUGUCAUCACUGAGGUCGCUGGUGAAGAAACUGCAACCGGUUUGUGGGUUAAACUUGAGAGUCUCUAUAUGACGAAGUCUUUAACCAACAAGUUGCUCCUAAAGCAACGUCUGUUCGGUCUGCGUAUGCAGGAAGGUACUCCUCUUCAAGAACAUUUAGAUCAAUUAAAUACGAUUCUUCUUGAGUUGCGUAAUAUUGAUGUUAAAAUUGAGGAUGAGGAUACCGCGUUGAUUCUGUUAGUGUCUCUAUCGUUAUCGUAUGAGAAUUUUGUUCAGUCUUUUAUUGGCGGUAAAGAUACAGUGACUUUAGAAGAAGUAAGACCAGCGCUGCAUAGUAGAGAGUUGCGCCAUAAGGCGGCUGAUAAUGUUACAGAUAAUCAGGCUGCUGGGCUAGUUGUCAGCAGUGGUAAAGGAAAAUUGGGAAAAAAGAAGUCCGAAAACAAGAAGCAGUUCUUUAAAGGUCCCAAACCAGAUGAUGUCUUUGCAGAAAAGGAAGCGAAAAAUUCAGAAGAAAACCUGGCCCUAAUUGCAAACGAACCAACACAUCACUCUGAUGUAUGGGUUCUUGAUUCUGGGGCGUCCUAUCACAUAUGUCCAAACAGGGAAUGGUUUACAACAUAUGAGCAGAUAGAUGGCGGAAAUGUCAUGAUGGCUAAUAGCGCUGUCUGCAAGGCUGUUGGGAUCGGUUCAAUUAAGAUCAGGACACAUGUUGAAAAAAUUGCCAUACUGAACGAAGUCAGGCAUGUUCCCAAAAUGACGAAGAAUCUGAUAUCACUUAGUACUCUUGACAGUAAGGGUUUCAGGUUUAGCGGAGGAAGUGGAGAGUUGUGCAUCAGUAAAGGUUCAUUAGUGGUUCUCAAAGGAGUUAAGCAUGGCACCCUGUACAUCUUACAGGGUUCUCCGAUAACAGGUUCUGCCGCCGCUGCUGUUGCAUCUUCUGAAGAUCGUAGGUCUGUAUGA